UACAUCUGAACAAGGUGCUCGUCGUGAUGAUACAUCUGAACAAGGUGAUUGUCGUGAUACAUCUCAACAAGGUGGUCGUAAUGAUACAUCUGAACAAGGUGAUCGUCGUGAUAGAUCUCAACAAGGUGGUCGUCGUGAUACAACUCAACAAGGUGGUCGUGGUAAUACAUCUCUACAACCUCGUAAAGAUGUACCUCAAUCAUCUAAUUGUAAUAAUAAUCGAGCUGCUAUUAUUGAAAGAGAUGUAACAGGUAGUGUUGUAACAAUUAAUCGGUUGAAACAUUACAGUUUUAUAAAACGUAAAGAUUAUGUUGAUUCGAAAGAUAUUUUCGCGAGAGAUGCGUCGAUCGUUAAUGAAACACGUCAACAGAAAUUAUUUAUAUCAGACUUGGUUAAGUUUGAUAUUAUACAAAGUAAAUCACUAUAUUUUAAUUAUAUCAUGUAUAAUACGUCAUUUUUUUAUCCAAAAUAUUAA